AUGCGCUUGAGAAUGCUAAUGUCUCGUCUACAAAUGAUGGGACUUUCUAAUUUCCGGCAAGGUGGAGAAUGGAUUUAUCGAAUAUCAUUAAUUGUAUUAGCCAUAUUAUGUGGAUUCGCCUGGUAUCAAAGAACAAUCAACAUGUGGGCUCUGAAGAACAUUGGAGACACUUUUUUGACCAAAGAAAUAGGUAGUCGGCAAAUCGUCUUGGGCGCUUUUUUCCGUCCCUUAAAUGAACAAAAUAUUCAAGGAAAAUAUGCUGUCAUCCAUUUCGUAGGUGACACGCGAAUGGAACAUCCAGUGUACUGUUUCACAAAAAAGCCUGAUAACACAUAUUUGGUUUCUCAUGCACAAGUGGAACGAAUCCAUAAGGGUAAAAGAGCUGCCAAUGAUAUAUGCUCGUGGUCAGGACAUAUCGCCGAAUGUGAAGUUGAUCCAAGUUCUAAUGACUUCAGAAUUGGAGCAACUCCACAGUUUGAAGAUUCAAUGCUGGUAGUACCUGAGAAACCAUUAGAGAUUCCUCGUCAAGACUUAGUUGUUUGUGUUGCUCCUAUGUAUACGUAUACCGACUGGGAAAUCAUGCUUGUUGGAAUUGAAACUUGGCUAGCAUUGGGGGCUACGAAGAUUGUGGUUCCUAUUCAGUCAGCAUCUUCAUCCACUUACAGAAUUCUGAAGGAAUAUGAAAAGAAAGGUCAUGUUAUCAUUCGACAAUGGCCCAAAUGGCCUAUCUUGUCUGACACAAACCCUAAUGGACUUGUGUUGAGUAGAGGAAUCGAAGAGUCUCACGUCAACUGCCUAUUCUUUGUGAAACCAUGGGCAGAUUUGGUAGUUUUUACGGAUAUAGAUGACAUGCUUCUUCCGCCUGAUUUGAAUAACGUAAAGCCCGGUGUAAAUCUAGAAAUUCUCCGGAAUCUUUUUGCUGAACAUCCACAAGCUGGUUCAUUAUUAUUCGAGCAUAGGGAUACUCAGUUCCAAUUACUUCCUCAGGAUGCUCGUUUCAACUUGAAAAGUUUCAACUUUGAUUUCCUCAAGCACACAAAAUCCAAAAUGAAUUGUAAUGUGUGGAGGAUGAAAACCCGAGUCGUUAUUAACGCUAGUCGAGUUGAUUCCGUAAAUAUGCAUGAGACUGGAAUUCAUCGAUUUGGCUUUGUUCAGACAAGAGUUCCUUGCAGACAAGCACACUUCUACCACCUUAGACAUUCCCAUAGUAAUGUACCAUCCCCAGUUCCAAUCGAUACGUCUGCUUUACGAGAGAUACUGAAUAAACAAUGGCAGAAUCGAUUGGAAGAAACUUUUUCAUCAUUCAAGGAAGUAGCACUCAAUAAGUCAUCAACUGAAUCAUUCGAGGAUUUCGACCGUUGUAUGGGAGCCAUCAACGAAGAACAUUGGACGAUGCACGUUUCCCGUUGUCUAACGCCACAUGUCUGCUUUAGUCGUUUGAAAAGAGAAGUUGAUUGUGUCGCGUCUCAUGCAACUUUCAAUUUUUAUCGUUCUGGGGAUGGAUAUGUUAUGCAAGUCUCUUCAGCUGAGUUAAAGCCUUCAUUAGCGAACUGCGAAGCUCCUGUUCCUCCAUUUAGUGAAGGAAAUCAUUACUUCGCACCUUAA